AUGGAAUUGAGAUAUAGGCUUAUGAUAAUGACAGUAUUUCUUACUCUUCUUUAUUUCCUUUGUAGUUUGAUUGUACUUUUAGGAUAAUAUUUUAAUGGUACUAACAUCUCCAAUAGUGAAAUAUUGUCUUCUUAACUUUACACAGAAACUUCAUUAGUAAUAUUUAAAUUGUGAGUUAGAACUCUAUUCGUUUUACCAGAUUUUAUUAUGGCAGAUCAAUAAGACCAGAUAUUAAUUCACUAUAUAGUAUAUCUAAAAUUAUCGAUUCUAUCAAUCAUUUUUAAUAAUUGAGAGAAAAUGAACUUGAUUAAAUAUUUUGGCACUAUCAAUAAAUAGAUAGUCUUAAAUAAUUAAAAGAUUAAUACUAAAGCUAAUAUUAAACUUUAUAGUUAUAUUCACCACUUGUUAGAUUUAUAAAAAUUUAUUCUGAAAAUUCAAUAUUUGAAGAAUUUAAUAUACUAUGUCAAAAUGGUUUAGGCAUCUCAUUUCUAAGUAAAAGUAUAGCAAAAUCAAAUGAAUGGUACUAAAGAAUAAUUAAAAAUUGUAAUAGUCUUACUGAUUGUGAAUAAUAUAUAAAUCAAUUUUCUUCUGAAAUUGUUUUUCCAUAAAUUGAAUCAAAUUUUGAAAAAUGGAAAUUGAAGAUAGGAAAAUAAGGGAAUUAAUGUAUUUUAUAAAUUCGUAGUAAAAAAAGCUUAUCAAUUAUAGAUUCUAAAUUACCUAUUAUUUACUCAAUACUAACAAAUGGUUAAUUAAAUAUAAUUUAAAAUGGUAAUCUAUAAAGUGGAACUUUAGAAGAUGUAUUAUAAUUAUGGUCUAAUUAAACUGAAAAUUUUUAAAAUUAAUUAUAUUCAUUAAUUAGUGUUCCAAUAGAAUAAAGAGAAUGGAAAAUGUUCUAUGAUGGAAUGGGAUAAUAGAGAAUUUUAUUCUUUUCAUCUUAUUACUUUGUAGAUCCAGAUAAUCAGUUUAUCAAUUUGACAGAACAAUUAUUGAAAAAUUGUUCUGUUGUUUUUCUAUAUUCAAUGUCUCUUAAUGAAUACUUAUAAUAACCUGGAAAAAAUGAAAUUGCAUAACAAACUUUAAUAAAUUAAAUAAUUAUAGGAUGUGCUAUUCAUGUUGUUUUAUUUUUGUACUUUUGGAGAAAAGGAGUUGUUUUAGCUUUAUCUUUAGAAACACCAAUAAGUUAAUUAAUUAAGUUAACUGAUGUUGAUAUGAAGUAUCUUGAAAUUUAAGAUUUUAAUUUAUAAGGUUAUUCUUCUCUAUAUUAUAAUCAAGAAAUUAGAUAAUCUUAUGAAUCAAUUAUUAAUCUUCUAAAUAGCAUAAAAUAUUAAAAUAAUAAACUCUUAUAAGAAUCAUAAGAUAUUAAUGAAGCAGAAGCUCUAAUAAUCUUAAGUAUGUCUAAAAGCUUUUAUAAAAAAUAUAAUAAUAAUCCUGCUAUUGGCAUAUGUGCUAAUAAUAUUGCUAGAAUACAUAUGAAAAAUCAAAGAUAUUUAGAAGCAAUGAACGAAUAAGAGGAGUCUGUUUUAAUAGCAAAUUAAGAUUUAUAAAGUUUAAUUGAAAUGCAAAAGUACGCUAAUUAAGCUGCUUAAACUUAAGAUGAUUAAUAACUUAAAAAAUUAUAUUUAAGACUUAAAAAUAAUGUUUUAUAAAAAUUUUAGAGACAAGAAGAUUAAGUAAUGAAAAGUGUUAUUAAGGAUAUAGUAAAAAAGACAGGUGUCAUUUAAAAUUCAUAACCUAAUCUAUCAAGAGGAUAAACUAUUUAAAAAACUAGAAAUUUUAUAGAAAUAUCUUAAAUUAAAAGUCAAGCAGAAUUUGAAUCUAGAGCAAUAAGAUAAACGACAAAUUAAAUUAAAAAUGUUACUUAGGAAGAUCAAUUAAUUAAAUAAUAGAACUCUGAACUCUUAGAACAUUUAGAAAGUCCAAGAAAAUCAUCUCCAAUUUCAAAAGCUUAUAUUGAUGAAGAAUUUCUUCAAAAAAAACAAAUCUUAGAAUAUAAGAUUGUAUUUCGAAAAUAUUAAUUAGCUUGUAUUUUAUUUAAUUACAGUAUGUCUAAAACUUAAUCAACAUUCUUAAAUGAAAGUGUUAAAUAAUUUAAUGAUGUUAUGGAAGAUAUUUAAAUUUUACCUGAUUCCUUCUCUAUUUUAUAUAUGAAAAUAAAUAUCUAUAUAAAAAAGGCUUUUUGCUUUGUUAAGGCAAAAAUUAUGGAAAAAGCAUAUUAAGAAUUAUAAGAAGCUUAAAAUAAAUUUGCAAUUCUCAAAUCUAUCAAAGAUGAUGUUAAAGAAUUAGAAACUAAAGAAUUUGUAGAUAUUUUUAGAAAUAUUCCUCUUGAAAUACUUUAAGAGAAAAUAUUUGGGUUAGAAGUAUAUUUUGAAUAAUUUAUUAGGCUUUAAUUAUGAUGAUUGACUAAGAUUACUAUUAAGCUUCAUAAAAGUUCGUUUCUAUUUUAAAAGCUGAAGGAUAUUAUGAUCCAGGAUUGUAAAAAUUGGUUUUAAAAUCAUUAACUAAGAUUUUUAAGAAAUGCAAAAUUAAUAUUGAUUGUUUAAUUAAGUUUUCUUAAUAAAAUUAACCAAAGAAAAUAGAAUUAAUCUUUUUAAUAGAUUAUUCAUCUGAAAUGACAAAUGAAUAAAUUACUUUAUCUCAUUCGAUGUGCAAAUAUGUUAUUUAAAAAUUAGAUGAAGAUGCAGAAAUUGCAUUAUAUGCAUUUAAUGAAUCUCUUCAUGAAAUAUUUUCAUUAUAAAUGAAAGGAACUUAUAAAAAAUUACUUGAAUCAAUUAUUGAAAAAACUUUAAUUAAACCUGGCGGAUAAGCUAAUAUAUUUCAAGUUUUAGAAAUAGUAAUUGCUAUUUUGUUUGAAAAAGAUUAACUUGAACAGAGAAAAUAAUUAGCUUUUCAUUUAAAAUCUAACAAAAUUAAAUAAUAAAUAUAAUAAGAAGAAUUUAAAUUUUCAGAUAUGGAAUUUAGAGCAUUUUCUAAUUCUUCAAAAAAUGGUAAAACCUUUUCAUAAGGAUUCAGUUAAAUAAUAAAAGAAGGUCCUGAUGAAUUAUCAGAAAACUAUAGUAUUAAUGAAAAUAUGGUAUUUAUUGUUAAUUAUUUAAGUAGAAUUAAUAUAAAAUUGAUAUAGAUAUGAUUAGUUAAGAAAAAGAUGAUUAAGUACUUAGAUAUGUUUGUGUAUUUAGUGAAGGAGUAAAAAAUUAUAAUUAGAUGUCAAUCAAUCGACUUCAAAGUUUAAUAAAAAAAAAGAACAUACAUUUAUUAAUAUUUAACAUAGCCAAUUAAAAUAUGAAUAUGUUGUAUUUAAAAUAAUUAGCAAAUGUCUCAGAUGAGAGUAAAUUCUUUACUAAUGAAAGAGAUAUUGAGACUUUUUUUGAUUAAUUGAAGAGAAACGAUUUCAAUAAAAGAGUUUAUCUAGAAUUUUUUUGA